AUGCACCGGCAGGCUCGCAAACCCCUCGCACCCGCCGCCCGUGCCUGCGUGAACUGCCAAAAGCGCAAGAGCCGCUGUCUGCAAGGCAGCGAGGCCGGCAACUGCUCCUUCUGCGAGAAAACCGGCAAGAUUUGCAGCUUUGAAGGCCCGCCCUCACGGACGCCGUUGACUCGGAAGAAUCUCGAUGCCGCCGAGCGUCGGUGCACUCAGCUCCGAGCCCUCCUGCGCUCGCUCAAUCCAGAUCUGAAUAUAGAUUCGGCGCUGGAGAGUCGGGCCGAGGCGCAGAUUGCCCAGCCCCAGCCUCUAGAAGAAGUGAACGAGUCCACUCCGGAUAGUUAUGAGUGGCACGAGGGGUCUUUGUCGCCUGAGGAUAAAUCGUCGAAUUGGGAUGAUAGUAUGGCGACCGAUGGCAUGGCUACGCUGUCGACGACCGAUUCUGGGUAUCUGGGAAGCAGCUCGGGAUCUCGACUGCUAGAGGAGCUCGAUUCCUCGAUGACACAUAUGACUCGACAGAGACGACAACGCAAGGCACAACGAAGGCCUUACCAGACCCGGCUGACACCCCCGGAGCCUCCCGAUCUGAGCAUGUCGUACGUGGCAAGCAACCUAAUCGAUGCCUACUUCCACCUCUACCACAUCUACUACCCGGUCUUGCACGAGAAAUCCUUCCGAGAUCGCGUCGCCACGGGGCAACAGCACCGAAUCUCACAUUCCCCAUGGCGAGUUAACUACUACAUGGUCCUUGCCAUUGGCCAUUGGGCCUCGAGCAGAGAGUCAGAGCAUGCGAGGUCCAACUACUAUACCGCUGCCAGAGCGAGUCUGUCAUUACAGAUGCUGGAGUCGGGCGUUGUGGAAACGGUGCAGGCCUUUUUGCUUAUGGGCAAUUAUCUGCAGAAGAGGGACAGGACAAACACUGGGUACAAUUUUGUCGGGCUGGCGUACCGAAUGGCCCUCGGAAUUGGACUGCAUCGGGAGCCGGCCGGCGCGAAGAACACGAUUGGACACGAGAGACGUCGACAGCUAUUCUGGACAAUAUAUUGUUUUGAGAGUGGUUUCAACAUCACCACCGGCCGACCACCUACUAUGGCUGAUGGCUUCAUUGACAUCAACCUUCCUCGAAAUAUAGAUGACAAGGACCUUCCGCUGAGCUUCUCAGUCCCCGAAGAAGUCCACUACCCAACAACUUAUUCAGCAAUCAUCAGCCAAGCCAAGCUUGCCAAAAUAGCUGACGCAAUCUACCACGAGUACCUACUCGCAAAGACAGCCGGUUCAAGGAUCGAAUACCGCCUAGCCGAAUCACUCGAGCGAGACCUAUCCGACUGGCGAAAUAAUCUUCCCAGCUACUUCAGCGCAACAGAAGUUCCAUCCUGGUGGGAAGGGCCUCGAUUCGUGCUCCACCUCAAAGAGCAGAACCUCCGAAUUCUAUUGUGGCGAGGCAGUCAGAAAUAUCACGCCUUCCUCCCAACACGAUUCAACGCCGAAGAAAAAUGCCUCGAUGUCGCCAUGGAAAGCAUCCAUGAUAUCGCCACCUUCUGCAUGAUGCACAAGGUCUCGCUCUACCAGGGUCUGAUCUGGUACACCACCUACUUCCUGCUGCAGGCAACAUUAGUAGUGCUGGUCGGGUUCCUCGGAAAAAGCAACCAUUUCGAGUCAGACCAAGAACCCCCGCAAUGGCAUCAUUCAAUCUUCAAGGCACGAGAUUGUCUACGAGCACUAGCCGAGCGGAGCAUUUCCGCGGGCCGGUGUCUAGAAUUGCUCGAUCGAAUCUGUAGCCGGUUCCAAUCUCUGCCGACACUGAACUCGGGACUAGAUCCCGAUGCCUACCUGCUAUUGAGUUUGAAUAACCCGGAGGUGCCCAACCCUUCUGUUGAUGCCUUUCCACAGGAUGUCUCUGGCUUUAUGGAUCCUUUGAGUGAGAAUUAUUUGGCGUUUGGAGAUGAAGGCCAGCCUGCGGUCAAUGAUGAUACGGGUGAUCCGAACUUGCGCACGUUUAUGAAUGAGGUGUUGCUUGACUUUAAGGGGAAUAUGCCACUUGACUUGCUUUUUAAUGACUGGGUUGAUUAUGGGGAUGUUCCGCAACGAGUUGCUGACUCUACCUCAAUGCGCAAUUCAUUUUUGUGA